AUGGAGAAGCCCAGCCCCGGACAGUCUCCUGUACAUGUACCUGUGACUCUCAUUGACCUGCUCUCCAAUGCCCUCGUCCGCCGGCACACCUCACCCUACAUCCCUGUCGCCGACCUCCUGCAGCUAGGCGCGACCUGCAAGCUCAUACGGCAGCUCAUCUAUCAGGACACCGAAGCUUGGCGCCAUCUCGACCUCACGCCCGUCCGCCGAGCCAUCAUCGAUUCGACUCCCAUUGAUGUGGGCGGAGUGUCAUGGCGGGCCGAGAGGAUGGAUGAGAGUCUGACCGAGGACGACUUCUAUGCUGGUCCAUUACGAGGCAUCUUGGGCAACCUGCAUUCCCGACGCGUAUUGAAGUUCGUGCAGACAUUGAUCUUGGAUGGUCUGACUGUCCCUGCCGAUUUGGUCCGAGAGAUUGUUGCCGAGGAUCGAUACCACGUCCGCGUGUUGAGCCUGCAAGAGUCGAAGCAGCUCAAUAUCACCAAGCUCCAGCAGGUCUUGCGCUAUGCAGUGCGUCCGACGAGAGAACCGGGAACUCCUCGGUUGAAAGCUUUGUACAUUUUUGGCCAGAAGCAUGCACCUGUGCCGCACUCUGUCGCCAAGUCCAAACCACCAGUCGGACAGCACCGACCAUUAUCUCCUGGAGUGAUGAGCAGUGCUGGGGCACAGAUUGGCGUCGACUGGAACCACAGAUCGCAGCACGACCUGAUUCCGCGUAGAAGUGACGAUGAAAGCCGAUGGUAUGGAUGCAACGGCAAGGCUUUAAAAAGACCGUAUUCCGAGUGGGCUGAGACAGUCCAAGUAUGCCGGGGAAUCAUCCAUUUCGAUGCAGUGUUGUGCAGAGGUCCCCGACAUGAUAUUACUAAAGUGUCGAGCACGAAUUUCUUGCAGCCCACAAUUGCGACUAUUGCCCUCGGACCAGAGGGCUGCCAAGACUGUCAUACUUCCCCCGAGGGACCUGCAGCAUUCGGUGAUUGCGACUCCUCGGACCUACCACUAUUGGCACCCGUGCCACUGCAUUCAUCUACCGUCAGAGCAUGCAUUCGACCAGAGCCACGGGGAGUAGGCAAAUUCCCCCGGCUCAUAUUGAGAUGUGAGGAUUGUUUACGUGGACGAUAUUGCGAGCAAUGCCAUCGAUGGUGGUGUGAAGACUGCUAUCAGGAACCACCCUCGGGAAUCAUCUCGAGAUGCAAGGAGACUUGCAGCUGAGAGAUGGCCCGAGCGGCCGUGGACCCAGAGCAGCACCCCGAAUGGCGAUCCAGUCAUUAUCGGAGAAAUAAACUACUCGGAGACAAGAGUGUGCUGCUGACGACCAGACACAUUUAGAUCGAACCAAGAUGGCACCGGAGAAAGGAGUAGAGUCGGCUGUGCUAACCGAAGCUUACCUACCUAGGUUGCUUACGAUACCAAAACCGACGAUGCAUCUGCCAAUUCCCACGGGCAAAGGCCUAUGAACGUAUGAUGAACACGAAUGACGAAUUGAUGUGGUGAUUAACAUUAUCAUCGGAGCUAGCUUGCGCAGGAAUACUGUAAUGGACCAGAAGGAGAAGAAUAAUACACAGAACAAUCUCCAACUGCCCAUGGCUUCUAGAAGAUUGAGCUUUCAAUCGCCUUUGGUCCGGCUUCCACUUCUCCUCGUCUUCGUCGACGCUGUCGGAGUAGUAGUUGCUGCUAGAAAGUCUUCAGGUAUAUCGUUCCAGUUUUCGGUUCUCGUGAAUCUUUGCUGCCGCUGCUGCUGCUGCUGUUUCUGCACAAAACGGUCUUCAUCGCUACUUGUAUCGUAAUCCACCACACCGGCUUCAUCUUCGCCCCUCUUCCUUCUAUCGAGUGGUUGCAUUUGCAUACUAGGGCUGGGGCCUUCUCCACUUCUGCUCCUCUCGUUCGCCUGCAGUGCUGCGUUCCUGGCUUGGUCUACAAAGCCUUGUCCAGGAAUCCACUUGGGGCGCGGCGGAGGCUGCCAGGGGGGUUGCUGCUGGUGAGCUUCACGAUUCCACAACGCGUCUUCUCGCAUCCUUUGUUCGCGCUCGCGGGCGAUGCGAUCUUUGGCUUCCCAGAAGGAUGGACUGACUUCCCAGCUCCAGCCAUCGCCGACCGUGUUCAGGUAGGGCAAAGGCCACUUCCACGGCACCGGUCCCAUCACUUGAAGCAAAUUGCGUUUCCACCCGAGAUCGAAGGCAUUCGGUAGACGUUCAGAGUCCACUUCGUCUUGAUAGCUGUUGUAUCUCUCCCGCUCGCGCUGGGCUUCGAUCGAAGCAUAUGUACGAUUUAAACUCUGCUGCGCAGGCGAUGAGCCCAGUGGGCCUCCAUUUGCCGCCACGGGGGGAAGUGGCGACGGCGUUCGCGAGGUUGCACCCGAUUCUCCUUCUUCGGGACGCAGCACGCCGGGGAGAGCAUUGGCGUGAAUCUCCUUUAGGCGAUCAGUCAGAGGCUGGUGCUGUCCCGUCUCGACGGCAUUGGUAAUGGGCGUGGCAUCAUGUGCCAGGUUGUGACGAGUUGGAUCCUUGAAUUGGCCCUCCAUACUUUUCUUCAAUGGACUGAGAUAUCGCGUCUUUUCCAGACUCUCGAUCGUGGUCUGACCCGAAACAACGAGAUAUACAUGCCACGCGGUGAAUCCUGAUAGGACCAGACCGAUGACACCUGCCAGAACAGACAGCAGGAUCGUGUUGACGACCAACAUUCCCUGCAGGCCCUCGGCACGUUCGUUGAACUCCUCCCAGACCCACCACGCACUCACGCCAAAGCACGUCCAGCAGAAGAGGCUUGUGUACAGCAAAAACAGCAAAAACGCCUUGUAGUUUCUCAAUCCCACGCACGUGGCCAGCCAGGGACAGUGGUGAUCCAUCUUCAACACGCAUUGGCCGCAGGUGGAGCAAUGAUGGGUGCGAUCGGGCUUGACACACUGGCACUUUUUGCAGAAGCGUGGUUUUCCGGUGCUCUUGGCCGUCACGCUGUUCUGCAUCCACUCCCACUCUCGCGGCACCGGCUCCACGCCCUCCUCGCGCAGUCGCGCGCCAUGGUUGUACUCGUCGUGCGUGGGCAGUCCCUGGUAGUCGCCCUUUCGGCCGCGCGGGCCACCCUGGUCAUCGAGAGGAGAGCCGGGCGGGGAGAAGACGGCGAUGGUGUAGCUGAUGUCGGCCAGCGCAUAGAGGAGGAUGCCGAGGGCUGCGCGGAGGUAGGCGCCGGUGCCAUUGCGGCCGACGAAGGAGACGUUGGCCUCGACCCAGACGGCCCAGGUGGUCAGGCCGUAGACGAAGACGAGCGGGAAGAAGGCAAAGGUGGCGCAGCAGCAGCGCUCCAGGCGGCGGGCGAAUGACUUGGUGCGGCGGUGGAGGGACGGCGAGGUCGAGGUCGAGGAGCGGUGGGUGGUAGCCAGGGUGGGCAUGUCGGAAAAGGAGGUCGCUGCUGCCAUGAGCAUGA